UAAUAUAAAAGAGGCUCUAAAACCCUAAUAUUCCAAAACCCUACACCUUCUGAUCACUGCCAUGGCGUCGUCGUUAAUUCGCCACCGCCGCACCCUCAGAGCCCUCUCCGGCGUCCACCGCUCCUUCUCUGCGACGUCUUCCCCGGCGGCUUUUUCUGUCCCCAAGAACGGAACCGUUUCGCCAUCUCGGCCAUCCCGGAAUGUUGUCGUUCAAUCUCGUUCAUUCAGGUCAUCCUCGAUUUCGCUUCUAUCUACUCGAUUCUCACAGAGCAACAUCCCGGAGGAGAUUGGUAACGAUACGAUCCUCUUCGAGGGCUGCGACUACAACCACUGGUUGUUCGUGAUGGACUUCCCCAAGGAUAACAAGCCCUCCCCCGAAGAGAUGGUUCGCGUGUACGAGGAGACUUGUGCCAAGGGUCUCAAAAUCAGUGUGGAAGAGGCAAAGAAGAAGAUAUAUGCCUGUAGCACAACACUUUACACAGGCUUUCAGGCUGUCAUGACCGAAGAGGAGUCUAACAAAUUUGAAGAGGUUCCUGGAGUCGUUUUUGUGCUACCUGAUUCCUAUCUCGAUCCAGUGAAUAAGCAAUAUGGAGGAGAUCAGUAUAUUAAUGGAACAAUUAUCCCUCGCCCUCCUCCCGUACAGUAUGGGAGAAAUCAAGGAAGACGAGACAGGAAUAGGAGUCCUGGCCAAUAUAAUAGGCAAGAAAACCCGAUGUCAAGCCCUCAAGGGAAUCCCUCUUACAAUAAUCAGGGUUCCAUGCCAGGGGAUGGAAGGAACUAUGGGCCUUCACAAAAUUAUCCACCCAAACAGAACUAUGAUCAAGCAUCGCAGAAUUAUCCACCCCAUCAGAACUAUGGUCAAGCAUCGCCAAAUUAUCCACCCCCACGGAACUAUGGUCAAGGAUCGCAGAAUUAUCCACCCCAACAGAACUUUGGCCAACCAUCACAAAACUAUCCACCUCAGCAGAACUUUGGUCCAGCACCACAAAAUUAUCAUCCACAACAGCAAACUCAUGGUUCUGCUUCACAGCAAAAUUAUAGGCCUCCUUCACCACAAUAUGCUCAGCAGCAGAGCUUUGGACCACCAGGGCAAGGAGAAAGAAGAAAUUAUGUGCCACAACAGAACUUUGGACGACCAGGACAAGGAGAAAGAAGGGAUCCUGUGUCUGGGCAAGGUGCUUCUGGGGCGUUGGGUGGUGAUACUUUUACCCCAUCGUAUAUGAAGGACUUCAAACCAUCAUAUAUGGAGGAAUUUGAACAGGCUGAGCAGCGGAAUUUUCCUGCCAAAGAAAAGACGGAGUCCCAACAAGGAUAUCCGCCUCCUGGCCAGGGAAAUUUUACUGGAGAGGGAAGAUACUAAUAGUGGUCUGAGACAUGCAGGCGGCUUGUAUUGAAGUUUCUAAUGGCAUUCCAAGAUGAUUGCUUUUCCUUGCCAUUGUGUUGAAAAAUUGAAUCCUUUGUAUAUCAAAUCAUUUUUCAGUUGGAUGUAGUAUGAAAAGCUUGUACUGGCUGCCGCCUGGUUUUAUUAAACAUGGUUGUACUAUGAAUUUCAUGUGGCUCUCUCUCUCUCUCUCUCUCUCUCUCUCUCUCUCUCUCUCUCUCUUUUCCUCCUUCCUUUUUUUUUCUCGUUGUGACGGACGGAAUAAU